GUUCUACUUUUUAUAGUCUGCUUGAAUGAAUUCACAAUAUAAUUAGAUUUGGACUUGAAGAGUCACCAAAUUACAGAUUAAAAGUGACUUCUCCCAUGGGAUAGUCAUUAACUAUUAAUUGAGCUUGCAAAUGUACGACACAGGAAAUACAUAAAUUCACGGAAACAAUAGGCCCACUAAAACCGCAUCGUUACGUAGGGGUAUAAAUACGGCGCGCGUAGUAAAUAUCUGUCAGUCAGAUGUGAGCGAGGAUGAAAACCUAAAGGUUUGGCCAUAGCUUUAAAUUGUUAUAGUAUGGACGGAGGCAUGAGUACUUUUGGACUACCACCGUUCGACAUUUCCCAAGAUUUUGGUACUCCGGCACAUCUACGCCACACAUCGGAAAGUUUCAAUUCACGCUUUCUUGGCGCCCGUUUUCCUAAUGCUAUUCCGAACAUUUUCAGAACGGGGCCCGAUUUCGGCAGCAAAAGCGUAAGCGAAGAAGGAGGCCGUCACAUGAACAUGAGCAGUGGAAUGGAUAACAUUUCUGAGAUGGAAGAAAGCGAACUACCCAUUACAAUGAAUGAACCUUAUCUUCCAUCGGGAAUAACAACGACGCUUGGAUGCACACAACAACAACACAGUUCUUUGCAUUCUACAGUCCCGCAUCUACAGCCGUCUAACUUCCCUUUCGACACAGUAACGUCAGAAGCGGAUACCUAUCCAAGAGACAUUCCGUUCCCAACGCCUAUGGAUUUCAGUAUAAAGAACGAGCCUGAGCCUCGCUUUCACCUUAAUCCACCGUCUGCUAUCUCAAGCAUAACCAGUGCCCUACAACCGAACAAACGGUUUUACGGCCCGAACUUAAACCCCUCUUUCCCCGACACUGCCGCCGCACAGUCAAUGUACACCUACAUUCAUCAAACGCCGAGCGACGAACCCAAAGCACCCCAGUUUUACCGACCGUUUCCUGGCUUCCCACCGUUUGAUCCACCGGAGUCCAUUUCAGAUAAUCACGGCUUUUCCAAGUCAGAAGACAGCCGAAUUUUCUCACCUGUGUCCAGCAGUCACCGACCUCCAAUUAUUGAACGACAGAAAUCGCAGCCCACCAACCGUGCGGACGCACACGAUGUCGAAGAUGUUGACGACGCUAACCGCUGUAAAAACACGGUGGAAGGCACCAAAACAUCGGUGAGAAGGCUCAAGAAAUGGUACAAAGACAAGUACGGAAAAUCGAUAGACAUGAACACGGUGACUCGACAAAUGGCUAUGGAAAUGCUGAAAGAUUUCUUUCUUGAGAUCCGCGACACUCGACCUGGUAAAGAAGGCAAUGAGUACGAACCUGUUACUCUCACAACGUACAGAAAUGGACUGAGGCGAUACUUUCUCGAAAGAAAGUGUCCCCCCGCCGUGGAAAAUUUUGAUUUAGCUGAUCGGGAAUUUGACGUAGUUAACUAUGGCCUUGUAUCAAAGAGAAAUGAGCUCAAGCGUAAAGGCAAAGGAAACCAUCCAAACGUAGUUGAAAGCAUCACUGAAGAGCAGUUAGAGAGAAUGUGGGCUUCUGGAGCAAUUGGAGUGCACGCGCCAAGGCCAUUGCUUCGACUGCAGUGGUGGAUCAACACCGUAAUGCAUGGAAUCAGAGGUAGAAUGGCCCACCACGAUCUUAGCAUUGAUGACUUUCGCAUCUCGCGUGGCCCUGAUGGAAAGAUAAUCAUCGAUCACAUGAAAGCUGGAUCGAAAAGACCGAGAGCGGAUGACGACAAGGACAGCCCGAGAAGUAAAAAGAAAUGCAAGGCAAGGGUAGCGGCCACCGAUGGAAGCGAACGCGAUCCCGUCCGAGCCUUUGAGGUACUAUCACUUUUAUAAAGCUUCUAUUAAUAUGAAUAGUCGUUUGAUCUAUGAGCAGUGUAACAGUGCCUUUGUAAAAUCUGAAUGAAAAGCUAAUUUCUGUCUCUUUUUCUCUCUGUCUUGUAUAGGUGUACCUCCGCCAUCGCCCACCUGGUAUCUCGUCGUUUUACCUUACCCCUAAGCACAAGCCUAAGGGAGAUAUCUGGUUCAAUAAAGUACCAAUGGGCAAGAACUCCAUAGGUCGCAUCAUGAGAGAAAUCAAGGCAAUCGCUGGAAUAGGAUAACAUGUCAGCACCUGGAGAGAUUUGAUAUAGUGCGACCAAUUCAGGGAGACCUCAAGCUGUCGAACAUUUGUUGUCUCAAAAGAAGAGACAUAAACAGAAAGAUCGACUUUAAGUGAACAAAAGAGACUCGCGGAGAUUGCGGUAGUCUUAAACCAUAAACCUUUAAAAAUUGACGAACUGAGCCACUAGUAAGUAAACAAGAAUAGUUUCAGUUCUUUAAAGAAUUAUCCUUGAAGUUUUAUAUUAUGGAAAGAUUUUUACGUUUUAUGCUAUUAAAAGUAAGAAAAUCGACUAUAUACUAUAUAUAAAUAAGGACAUUUUGGUAUAAGAAAGGAAAGAAUCUAUUCAUUUAUGUCUAAAAGAAGCCGUUUAUGGCCUCAGAGCAUGCUUGUAAGAUUUCGAAGCGGUUGCAGGCUUUUAAAAAACUAUAACUUGAGUAUUUAAUAUAUAUGCAUCCAGCAGCCGCAACUAAAGAAUGAUAGCUUGAGUUUAUUUACUGUCUCCUCUUAUGCAUUUAUUUGAAGAAAUCCAUUCGAGAAAAGCAAUUCUCGCCUUCAUCUUUCCUCUCAUGACAAAUCAUGGAGAAGACUUGCAUUUGGCUCGGAAAGGCCUCUAAGUAACUGAAAGCUUGAAGUCUUUUGAAGUAUAGCUUUAUAUCUCGUGGACCGCCUAUCUACACUAACCACAAAAGACCUCGUUAGCAGCCUUAGAAAUUUUUAAUUGUAAUGAACACAUCUUUGUCCCGAGGGCGUUCGCACUCUUCUUAUUUGGAUUCAAUGAAGGUUUUACGAAUUUAAUUUCGUUUAAAAAAGCGACGCAUCGCGACAUUGCCAAAACAAUCUUUAUAUAAUGUAGCUUUCCUCUAGUAUAGAACCAACGUGUUUGUUCAUGACCUUUUGUAAGAAAAAACUAAAAUAUAAAAAGAAAAGUUGUGAGACGAGAUCGAGAGGAGUUAACUUUCAAACCGCAGGCAAAAUUAGCUGUGAAAGAGGCGUUUCUUGACACCUAUGUUUCAUAGAACAUCAAUCCGCAAAAGAGAUUUCAAAAUGUCCAAAGAUAAGAGAAUGUAUUAGCUUAUAACGAUUUAUUGUUAGGAAUAUAUUUUUUAUCAAAAUAUGUUAGGAGUGUUAAAAAUUUUGCCCAUUUGCUCUGUCGUUUGAAUCGUCGCUGGUUGGAACGACGAGUAGUUAUUUAGAAGUAGCUCCAAUUUUAGAUCGAAUUAAAUUUCAUUGUAAAUAGGUUCAUAGCUGCUUUUAAUUUUGUAAAACGUGCCCGCGAGAGCUCAUCUUUAGCUGCGUUCUAAGAGAUCUUUUGUAGCGGAAGAAGGGAGGAACAAAUUGUAGAGAGCAAAUGUAUUUAGAUAACAGUUGACCAUUGUUUAAUAAAAAGAUGGGAUGAACCCAGCUUUGUUUCGUUGAUGCGAGAUUAUGCGUAUCUUCCGUUUACAUCGUAUUUUAUUGUUCGGCUAAGUACAAACUGGCAAAAGCACCCUAAAAAAAAUUUCCAAUUUUAAAAACAGAGAGUUUUAAAAAUAUAUCUGGCAGUCUUUGCCACGUCGUUCAAGGACGUUUAGCCAAAAGUUUCACUCAUGUCAGGAAUCUUUCGAAGACGCCAAUUAAAAUUUGUGAACAUAUUAUCAUAUUUUAUUUUUGCGCCUGAAAUUAAAGUUGAAUCUUAAAAUCCACCCAAGAAGAUUAAGGUUUGCCUCAACUAUUUUAGAAUUUUUUUGUAUAAGUCACUAUCCCGUGCGUUUUGUGGGCAUGAAGCGUAAAAAAGGCUAAUUUCUAUGUCAAGGUUUUAACCUUCAGGAAUUAUUGGAAAUUUGUAAUAGUUAUUUUAGGUUAC